AAAUGGUUGAGUUCUGUCAGCUUCCACUUCCAUGCUGAACUGGAUGGAUGGGUUUUGCGAGUUGAGAUGAUUUAGAAACGCGCUCAGUCUAUCUUUGCCGUGUGGCCAGACCACCAACGUGUCAUCCACGUAACCCGGCACACUGAGACCAUCUGCUUGCUCCUGCCAGGAGCGCUUUGUGGGAUGUCGCUACCGCCACGCGCUGCCUCAGCCUGCAGGCGCUGCUGAGUACUGCGUCCGCGUGAGAGUCGCGGCUCGCUACCCGCGGUGGAAGACAGGGGAGUGGUCUCCACUGUCGUGUGUCUCCGUCCCUCCACCACACAGCGCCGUGGCGGCCGUGUCGCCUCCAUCAGCUCGCUGGUGGCCAUGGCGACGCUGCUGGUGACGCUGCUGGUGCUGGUGCUGGCGCUGGUGUGCACCGUGCGGAACAGACGGAGCCCCGGCAAUCGUCCCGCGAUGGAGCAGCCAGCGACCGCCCCGAGCCUGCUCCCUGACAGUCCCGGCAGCCACCACCACCACUGCGACCACCACCAUCACCGCCGCUGCGACCACGACCACCACCACCACCAUCACCACGGUGGCGGCGGUGGAGGAGCAGAGCUGGCAACUCUAGAAUCCCGCCCCCG